AUGCUCUUUCUUAGCAUUGUACUCCUUUACCUUACUGCAAUGAAGGUGGGGCUGGCAGAUACCAGUAUCCCGGCAUGCAAGCCGCCCCCCUCUUCUUGCGCCUUUCUACCUGCGUUCUCUACUGAGAUCUGCUCGGACAUCAUCGCUUCUCAGUCGAAGACACUCAGUACAUGCUUCGUCCCUGCUGAGACUGAUGUCACCACAGUGACUAGUCCUGCCCUAAUCAAAACCACAACUGUGAUUACGGCAACUACUACGACCGAGACUAGCACUUCCACAAUCUCGAAGACCCAGACUAAGCACCUUGCUGUCAUUGGUGCACUUUACACAACCACGGUGAUCUCGGCGACCCAGACGACUAUUGUUUUCACUACAGUUCCAAAGGUUCAGACCAAGUCUCAGGCAGUCACUACCACCAUCACCAUCCCAGCGACCAAAACAGCCAAAACCACCUCAACUUGGGCGCAACAAUCCUGCGACGUACCAGUUGACCGUAAACUUAGGUUCAAGCGGGAUCCAGUUAUCGAGAGGGGUGCUCUUCCCCUCAACUGUUACUGUUUCUUGACGACUAGCUCUACAAGCGCCACAACUGCAUCCAGGACAGUUACGACCAGACCCCUGACGACUACCACUAUCACAAAGCUCACAGGUGGUAAAGUUCCAACUGCCACAAAGACACUUUUAGUCAAGGAAACAACCACCACCCAGACUACUAUUGCUGCUGAAACAUCUAUCACGACCACCAUCACUAAAACCAGGAGAUCCAAGGUUACUGAGACCUGGCAAAAGACCAAGUUUUCGACUACAACCACAACCUCUGAGUAUACCAAGACAGCUACUACUAGAACCAUUCCGGUUUCAACCGUCCAAGUCAACCCGUGCGGGCCAACUUCCUAUGGUAGAAUUGAGAUCGACCUACCCGAAUCACAAGAGUUGAUGAUAAGCAAUGAAGUUGCCCUCUCCGGUAGCACCAAUAUCGACAGGGAUUGCUGUAACGCCUGCUACAAUACCCUUGGCUGUGUAUACUGGGCUAAGAGCAUGACGGAUGGUUCCUGUCUCAAUUUCAAAGCGAUCGCUUCAGCUGGAUGUUCGACCCCCCAGUGUCCUAAUGGCUUCCCCCAGUUUUCCGUAUCAGGUCAGGAUGAUCAGUACAGUUACUUUGCUGGGCCUUGUGGAAUUAGCAAGUUUACCACCAUUGCAAAACUCGAGACUAUUGACGAAAUGCAGCACAAGCAGAGCCCCGUGGUAAGGGUUGCUCGUCUUGGUACAGAGUACACACAUUCGCCAGCCAUUGAACUUCCACUAUCUUUGGAUAGGCAGUGUCCAAGUGCGUUCUUCUUUACCAAACGGGCGCGCGGUAACCCAUCACAUGUAUCUGAAACCACCCGUCUGGCAUCUGGUUACUGGCAUUGUUCCUACAGCUAUUUCUUCAUCUCCUGA